AUGCGGCAUCAACAGUCAUGUUUCAGCCCUUCAUCCUGGUCCAGCAGUUUGGGCAACAACAACAUCACCAGCUGUAAGGCAGCCAGUGGACGUUCACGGCGGGGAGCAAGAUCAAGCAUCACCUACCGCUACCUCUACCUGUACCCAGUCUUCAUCUAUCCAAAGGGGUCUCCUGAGAAGAAGCUGAAAACAUAUGCAAUCUUGGAUGACCAAAGUAACAGGUCCCUUGCUAGAUCUUCAGUCUUCGAUGCCUUCAGUAUUACAAGGAGAUCUUAUCCUUACAUGCUGAAGACUUGUGCAGGAACAGAAGAAGUAAUGGGGAGAAGAGCUCACAGCUUCAUUGUGGAAUCAGUGGAUUGCCAGUCGCAUCUGUUGCUAGAGACGCUCAUCGAGUGUGAUAUGCUUCCAGACAAUCGGAAUGAAAUUCCAACGCCUGAAGCUGCUCAACACCACUCCCACCUCCGGGACAUAGCUGCAGAAAUUCCCAAGCUGGAUCCAGACGCUAACAUCUCGCUUCUCAUAGGGAGAGAUGUUGUCCAAGCACAUAAGGUUAUUGACCAACGUAAUGGACCUCUAAACGCCCCAUUCGCUCAGAAGCUGGCUCUCGGAUGGGUCAUAGUUGGAGAUGUUUGCCUCGGCGGGGCACACAAACCCGACUAUGCAAGUGUCUUCAAAACCAAUUUUCUGGAUAAUGGUCGGCCCAGUCACUUUCUACCGUGUAAGAAUGCUAUUCAGGUGGCAGAAGGCUUUGACUCCCCAGUUCCUCAAAAGGUCAGUUUCCGCACAUCUGCAAAGACAAAAUGGUCAGACGUCACAGACAUUGGAGAAACAAUCUUUCAACAAACAAGCUCAGAUGAGAGACCUGGCUUCUCACAAGAAGAAAGGGCCUUUCUUCAGAUAAUGAACGAGGCAUUCUUUCAAGAUAGUUCAAAUAGUUGGGUCGCUCCACUACCCUUUCGUUCCCCUAGGCCAUGCCUUCCCAACAACAGGCAGCAAGCUAUACAGCGCCUUACUUCUGUUCGCCAUAUUCUGAAUAAACGUCCUAAAAUGAAAGAACACUUCCUACAAUUUAUGCAAACCAUACUUGAUAACGGCCACGCAGAAUUGGCUCCCCCUCUCAAAGAACAGGAGGAGUGCUGGUAUCUCCCUUUCUUUGGAGUUUAUCAUCCUCGCAAGUUAGACCAGAUUCGGAUUGUGUUUGACUCCAGUGCACGUCAUGAUGGAUUGUCACUCAAUGACGUUCUUCUUACAGGCCCUAAUCUUAACAACAGUCUCCUAGGUAUUCUAAUGCGUCUCAGAGAAGAACAAGUGGCAGUGACCGCUGAUAUUAAGCAGAUGUUCCAUUGCUUUGUGGUCAGAGAGGACCAUCGGAACUUCUUACGAUUUCUUUGGCAUAAAAACAAUGACAUGGAACAACCAAUUGUGGAGUAUCGCAUGACUGUUCAUGUUUUUGGCAACAGUCCAUCGCCUGCAGUUGCAACCUAUGGGCUUCAUUGUGCAUCAGAAGACCAGGAGAAACAGGACAACACAACAAGACAUCUUGUAGAACGCCACUUCUACGUUGAUGAUGGCCUUGCCUCCUUUUCAUCGUGUGAUGAGGCAAUCUCCGUUGUCAAGAAUGCUCAACAAACACUGGCUGCAUCCAAUUUAAAGUUGCACAAGAUUGCAUCUAACGAUAUUAAUGUGAUGAAAGCAUUCCCCAAGGAGGACCUGGCAAAGGGCCUUAAAGAUCUCAACCUUGGAGCAGACCCUCCACCAAUGCAAAGCAGCCUCGGAAUAAGUUGGGACAUCAACACAGACGAGUUCACCUUUCAAGUCUCAAGUGAAGAGAAACCUUACACACGUAGAGGAGUGCUGUCAACUGUAAACAGUUUGUACGAUCCGCUUGGAUUCGCAGCCCCAGUGAGUAUUCAAGGUAGAGUUCUUCUAAGGGAGCUUUCAACUGAAACCAUCAACUGGGAUGACCCACUUCCAGACAAGAAACUACAGGAAUGGAGUGCAUGGAGGAACUCUCUAAAACAUCUUGAGCAAGUGAGGAUCCCUAGACAGUACACCUCCCUUUCCUUUCAUAAUGCCACAAACAGAGAAUUGUGCAUAUUCUGUGAUGCCUCUACUAAGGCAAUUGCUGCCGUGGCUUACGUCAAGAUUUCAGAUGCAGAAGGCAAAAGUGAACUUGGUUUCAUGUUUGGCAAAGCAAAACUUGCUCCACAAAAAGAAGUUACCAUCCCGAGGUUAGAACUUUGUGCAGCUGUCCUUGCCAUUGAGAUUGCUGACAUGAUAUCUGAGGAGAUUGAUGUUCCCUUCCACUCAACAAAGUUCUUUACCGACAGCAAGGUAGUUCUCGGCUACAUUCAGAAUGAGUCCAGGAGAUUCUACGUUUACGUCUGUAACCGGGUGCAAAGAAUAAGGAAGUCAUCUAAUCCAGACCAAUGGAACUACAUUCCUACAGAGUUCAAUCCAGCUGAUAUAGCUUCAAGAUCCAUCCCAGCUCAAGCCUUGGAGAACAGCAAGUGGAUCACAGGACCAGAUUUCCUACUGAGGCAAAACAGGCACACUGAACAAACCGAAACCUCUUUCAACCUAGUCGACCCUGAAUCCGACCCAGAGAUUCGUCCUACAGUAACCUGUUGUCUAACAGUACUAACAGACUCUUUCCUAGACCCAAGUCAUUUCGAGUCAUUUUCAUCGUGGAAGUCACUGUUGAGGGCCAUAGCUAGACUGGUUCACAUAGUCAGACUGUACAAGAAGGAGAAUCAAACGAGCAAAUGUCAAGGUUGGCAUAUGUGCAAAGACCUGAGCCCAGAUGAUUUUCUAACAGCAAAGCGUAUCAUUUUGAGCAGCCUUCAGCGCAAGAGCUACCCUGAAUUAUUUACAUGUAUUAGAGAUCGGAAGGAGAUCCCUAAACAUAGUCAUCUCAGGAAACUGUCACCCUACAUUGAUGACUCAGGUUGCCUCAGAGUAGGAGGUCGUCUUGCACAAGCCAAUCUCCAAAGCGAUGAAGCAAACCCAUAUAUUAUUCCUAGUCAUCAUCAUCUGACCACCCUUCUGGUACGUCACUAUCAUCAGCGUGUACAGCAUCAAGGACGUCUAUUUACAGAAGGUGCUGUGAGGUCAGCUGGCCUUUGGAUCAUUGGUGGAAAACGAUGCAUCAGCUCGGUUAUUUACCACUGUGUAAUCUGCCGUAAGUUGAGGCGGAAUACGGGAGAACAAAAGAUGGCAGACCUGCCAAUGGAUCGUACUGCAGUUGCUCCUCCAUUCACUUAUGUCGGAGUCGAUGUUUUUGGACCUUGGAUCGUAACUUCUCGGCGAACACGGGGAGGCUAUGCAAACAAUAAACGCUGGGCUGUUAUCUUCAGUUGUUUGAGUACUAGGGCCAUUCAUGUCGAGGUAAUGGAAUCCAUGGAGUCCUCAAGCUUCAUCAAUGCCUUUCGAAGAUUCAUUUCCAUCCGUGGACCGGUGAAGCAAUUGAGAUCCGACUGUGGAACUAACUUCCUAGGAGCAUGCAAGGAACUUGGCAUAACUCCAACACAUUGCAACAAUCAAGAAAUUCAGGAUUUCUUAAAUGAAAAUGAGUGUACAUGGAUUUUUAAUCCACCUCAUGCCUCACAUAUGGGAGGAAGUUGGGAGCGCAUGAUUGGCAUCACAAAGCGCAUAUUAGAUUCCAUGUUAUCAAGUACUCCAACUCAGCAUCUCACCCAUGAAGUGCUAGUUACCUUUCUAGCUGAGGUAACUGCCAUUGUGAACUCUCGACCUUUAACUCCAGUCUCUUCUGAUCCUGAUUGUCCCUUUAUUCUCACACCUGCUACCCUCCUUACCCAAAAGACUGGGGAUUCCUCUAUACCUCCUGGAGACUAUGAGAGUGGAGGUCUUUACAGACGGCAGUGGAGGCAGGUGCAACAUCUCUCGAAUGUUUUUUGGCAUCGUUGGAGGAGUCAAUACUUGCCUACCUUGCAACCGCGACGGAAGUGGCAAUCAGAGAAACCUAAUCUUCAAGUUGGAGAUCUUGUGCUUUUAAAGGACUGUCAAGCCAAGAGGAACCAGUGGCCCAUGGGUAUUGUGGUCAAUACCUUUCCUAGCCAAGAUGGACAUGUUAGGAAGCUUGAAAUAAAAAUCAGUUCUGGAGAUACUUGUAAGACCUUCUUGAGGCCAGUCACUGGAGUUGUUCUCCUUCUGAAAAACGCCUGCGGCAAGGACAGUAGUUAGACAUAAAGUGACAUGAUGUCAGGCGGGGAGUGUGCUGGCAGUAAUUCUUCCUAGCCAGCAGGUGGUGGUGUUUUCAUGUUAAGUUGUUAUUGAACAGUAGAGUGAGUUCGGAAACACAUUUAAUGGCCGAUACAGGCAGUUUAUCAGUCUUCAUGUAAUCCUUCUUCAUCCUGUCUUGUUGUUCAGAGAAGGCACUGCUUUUUCACUCUUUUGGCAUUGAAAGCAACGUCCAUUAAAGUGACAUACGCCUGUCAAUCGUCUGAGAGUUUAUCUAUCUGCACAACUGUUACCUGGAAACACAGUGGGGGCAGAACA